AUGAGCGCGGGGACCAAGUCGGGAGAGAAGUCUCUUGUCUCUGCCUGGCAGGAUCCCUCUCUAUCAACUGAACCUGGUCUUAUUGGACGAUUGCUGCUUUUCCUAGCAUCAGAGGAUAUCAGGGUAGGGUUUGAAGAAUGCGGUGGUUAUCUCGCGAAGUACCUGCUUGGAAGGGACGAUCUAUAUUGGCGAAUCUUCUCCCAGCAACGAUACAUAUUGGAGCGGCAUUGGGGUCAGUCAUAUCCGGAAUACGAAGCCAUGUGCGAUCUUGAGACGACAGCAGCAAUAGAGCUGGGAAACAAAGUGGGAUUGCUCUUCCACAAGGUGAACGAACUCAGCAAGAUGGCUUCAGAGGAAGCAAAACCGCUAGACCUUGAAAUUGAGUCGGGAAUUAGGGAACUUGAAACGCAAUAUAGUCCCAUCCUACGAAUGACACGGAUCUCAACAGCCCCCAGGACUCCUCUCCUGCGGACAGCCGAUGCCGCGGUGAUUAGUUUAUACUUUGUGAAGCUCUACCACUUCCGCUUAAUGCUGAGCGAUCAUACCCAAGCAACUCCACCUCAUAUCAUUUCCGCCAUGACUGAGCUGAUGAACAUCGCCCACCGUGCAUUCGGCGAGCCGGACUACUGGGGACAUGAAGUCUUCCAACUCCCCCUCUUCAUGGCUGGCGUUGAAACCAAGGAUCGCAUCCAUGUGGAGUGGAUCCUCUCCAAAAUCACCAGGCUGCGCUUUCGCACAGCAUUAAGUCAGAUUAUAUCCAUCCAAGACUUAACUGGUACCCGGCUUUCUAUAGCUCGCAUUCGACAAAUCCUGGAAGACCCCGUGGUAUCGGACACUGCGGUUUAUUGA